UAUACCAAGAUCUGCCAGGAUGUUGGCUUUGGUUCUCCUCGCCCUGUUCUGUGUCUCAGCUGAAUCUGUUCAGCCACGAUCAUCCUCCUACAAUGGGGAGUAUGGAGGCGGCGGAGGAGAACGCUUCUCCCACUCAGGCAAUCAGCUAGAUGGCCCCAUCACUGCCAUCCGAAUCCGGGUCAACAAAUACUACAUUGUUGGCCUCCAGGUCCGAUACGGCAAGGAAUGGAGCAACUAUGUUGGGGGUUCUCAGGGUGACCUGGAGGAGAUUUUCCUGUACCCCGGGGAGUCAAUCAUCCAAGUGUCUGGCAAAUAUAAGUACUACGUUCGGAAGCUGGUCUUUGUGACAGACAAGGGCCGCUACAUGCCUUUUGGCAAGGACACGGGCACCAGCUUCAAUGCUGCCCCACUGUACCCCAACACCGUUCUGCGAUUCUUCAGUGGCCGCUCGGGCUCCCUCAUCAAUGCAAUUGGUCUGCACUGGGAUGUUUACCCCAGUGAAUGCAGCAGCUGCUAAACAUCCAGACGCAGCCGACCCAGGAGCGCCUCUCCUGGACAAAGAAGUCCCUGUCACCCGAGAGCCUCCCCGUCCCCGCCCUCCCUCUACUAACGGGUUCAAAUAAAAGGAUGUUGCUAAA